AUGAUUAUUGAUGAUUUUUUCAAUAUGCUUUCACAUUUUUAUGAUGAAAAUAAUGGAAAUGGACUUUUGAGUCUUUUUAUUUUUGACGGUUCAAACACAGCAAUUAAUCUUCUACAAAAGGAAUUACGCCAACUAGGAACAUUUGAUUUUUCAGCAGAAUGCCAAAGAAGAUACGGGUCAUCAAAAAAUUUUUCAGAAUUUGUAAUAGCAUACUUAGAUUUUCUGAAAAAUGUUGUUUUUUCUGAUCUUGAAUCAUUUUAUAAAUUAUAUUAUCAUGUUUUUUUACAAUUUACUAACGCCUUUUCACAUGUUAAUGCUACAUGGCUUACUCCUCUUGUAAAAUACAUGUCUUCAAUUCUUACUAAAUUAUCAAUUCGGCUUGAUGAUUUAACACAUAAUCCGCAUCAAAGUGCAACAAAUGAAUCUUCUAGAGCAAUCUUUAGGUCAUUUAACAUUAUUUUGAGUGAUCGACAUCCUCUUCCAGACUCUAAGAAAGCUGCAGCACUAUAUACUGCAAACCUUUUGCUUCGUCUUUAUUUUAAACUUAAUCAAACACGUCUUUGUCAGACAAUCAGUGCAAAUAUUACUUCAUCGGGUGUAGAAUUUAGCUCUUAUCCUAUAUCAGAAAGGAUAGGAUUUAGCUAUUAUCUUGGUAGAUAUAAUUUAUACCAACAACAAAUUUCAAGAGCCCGGGGCCAUCUUUUAUUUGCAUUUGAUAAUUGUCUUUCAAUAAGUUAUAAAAAUAAACGGCUAAUUUUAAUAUAUUUGACAACUGCAUCUAUUAUAUUAGGAAUAUUUCCAUCAUCUGAACUUCUUUCAAAAUAUAAUCUUUCUCAAUAUUUUUCGCCUAUAAUAUCCAGUUUAAUUAAAGGAGAUCACAGAAAAUUUUCAGAACAUAUAAACCAUGAUCUUAUACGUUCUUGGUUACUGAAAAAACAGAUAUUUUUGAUAAUUCGUGACCAUUGUGAAAUUCUUCUAUGGAGAAGUUUAUUUCGUACAUCAUUUUUGAUAACUCGUGAUCCUUCACAAAAACCUCCACGUAUUAAACUUGAAGACUUGUUAAUAGCUGCAAGAUGGGCUAAAAAUGACGAUACAUAUGAUUUGUUAGAUGUUGAAUGUGUCUGUAUCUCAUUACUAGAUCAAAACUAUUUACAAGCAUAUAUUUUACAUGCUUCUAAACUUCUUGUUCUUAAACGUGACGAUACUCAUGGGUUUCAAAAAAUUAGCAAUGUUAAAGCUUUACAAGCAGCACAUGAUGAUGAUGUAACCUUUGGUUGGUAA